AAAAGAGGCUCUCCCACAACUAGAUUUAUCAAUCCCCAGACUCAAAAUCACAAUUUCUUCUUUGUUCUUGGGGAGCUAGCGAGUUUUAUACACAGAACUUUUACAAACCUGGAUAUUGCAUUGACAUCAAGAUAUUCAUUCAUGGCAAAAGAACAUGACCAUAUUGGACCAGAUAUGCCAAUAGGGUAUAAAUUUUUGCCCACAGAUGAAGAAUUGGUGGAGCAUUACCUUAUGAAUAAGGUGUUUUUAAGGCCGAUUCCGGCUAAUAAUAUAAUUCAAGAUAUUCAUACAGAUGAGCUUUAUAGCAAAUCUCCCAAGAGUCUAGUGGAAAACCUAGCGGGCGAAAGGGAAUGGUACUUCUUCAUCCUCGAAGAUGACUACUACUAUGGGAAGGUGGUAAAAAAUCGUGUGGUGGUUGGAAGUGAAAAAGGGUUUUGGAGCUCAAUGGGAGAAGAGCCCAUCUGUAAUUCAGAAGGAGAUGUUUUGGGGUACAAGAUUCAUUUCACUUUCUUUUCGGCCGGGUCCAAGAAAACACAUUGGAGAAUGGAAAAGUAUAGGCUACCAGCAUGUCAAUACAACAACGCAGUGGAUCAAGAGCCAAUCAUCAUCAUCAUUAUCACCAUCAUCAUCCCAAGAGAGAGGUCAUGUCGAAGAAGCCCCGUCCAGCUGCCCACAGGCCUCGACGCUUUCCCAUUCAGCCGCCACUAACGUAAAGUAAAGAAUGAAGAUGAUCCGAGAGUAGUAGGUAUUAACUAUUAAGCGGAAAGAAAGGAAUGUGUAUUAGGGAAAAUUACAAGGGGCAGAGAUUAUUCCACCAGCUGUAGCCUCACCUUCAAUUGAGUUACUCUAAAUUGCCCAUAUUCAUUUAUUUUUGGGAAAAUAGCUUCAAAAUAAUAUCAACUAUCACUCAUCAAUCAAUAAUAAUACAUAUCAUAGAAAUUACUAUUUUAUACCCCAACAAUACAAAUGUAUAAUAAAAAUAAUAUGAGACCAUUUUUUAAACCUAAAGUCGAUUGUUUACUAAUCUACAAUUUGUAUCAAACUAUUAAAUAAAGCUUAUUUAAUGGGUUGGAUAGGUCAAAUGACCAAAAUUUAUCUUUUGUUAUACCUUUGGGGUAUGAAAUCGUUAUUUUUAUAAUAUGUGUUAUGAACUAUUACAAUUGAUCGACGACGAUAGUUGAUAUAGUUCAAUAAAUCGUUUUUUACAUCUCCUUGCAUGUUUUUAAUAUUGAACAACACCUUGAUGGUACAACAUCUCCCAAUUACCAAGCUUUUUAAGAAUCAAGUUCUUUAUUGUUAUUAUCUCCUCG